CUCCAUAGCUCGUCAUCUGUUCUUACAGAGCAGCCUAAGAAAAAGACGAAAUCCUUGAUAGAAGAGGAGGAAAACAAUCCUACACUCUUAAUUCUUACCUUGGAAAUCAUCGGGCGCCAGUUCGCUGUUCCAAUUUUGACGAUCCGACCACCAUCAUUCGCCGUUUGUUAAUCUAAUUAGCGAACGGCACGGCCGAGCAUUUUCCCGGGGUUUUUGGUGGACCGCUGUUUGGUGAUAGUAAUGGGAAUCGGAGCAGGGGAAGGUGGUUGAAUCUAAGGGUUUGAAUUAGUUUUUUGUUUGUUCUUUUUCUUCGAGGAUAUCCUGUUAGCUGGAUUUUGUGAGAGUUGAACGUCAAAGGAGGAAAAUGGAUGAUCUGAUUCUCUACCAUUGAUUUUGCUGCGUUUUGAGUUUGAAGAAGUUUUGUGGGAUGGAGACAAAUAGAUGUGAUGUUAAUCACUUGGAUGCUGAUGCCCUUUUGCCACCCCGAAAGCGGCUUUUGGCUGGAUUGAGGAGACAAAGUUCUGAUGUUAAUUCCUCUGCACUAUCCACUUCCCGUAGUGCUGAGAGCGAAUAUGAUACCCAUCGUAAUAAUCUAUUAAGGUCCCUGUUGAGUAACACUAAUCUUUCAAAUGAGGAGAUUGUUGAAGCCUCUAGAUGUGCUGCCAUGGAAGCUGCAAAGUUUGCAGAGGCUGCAAGGGCUGUUGCUGAACAGAAGGCUGCUAAAGCAGCAAAGGCAAUGGCCGCUGCCAAGAGUGCCUUGGAUCUUGUUGCCACUCUUGAGGAGGCUGCCAGCAAAGAAAAAUGUCCAAAAGUGAAUAAGAUGAAGAAGCAUGUACCUGUUGAAGCAUUGUACAAUAAAAACAAAGGAAAAACUAACUGUAGAACAGAUCAAGAAUUGGCUCGCAAGUUGCAUCAGUCCAUCAAUAGUUCCCCAAGAAUUUUGAAGAACACAUCAGGUUCUGAUUCAAAGAAUCACAAGCGUACGAGGCUGAAAACUUCAGCUUCUUCCCGGAGAACUAGUAUUUGCAGUGGAAUUCCACCUGGGGAAGGGAAUCGACCUUCCAUCAACACAAGCAAUGGCUAUUGUGUAGUAGAGGUAGAUACUGAAGGUCCAGUAAAGGUGAUAGACACUAUUAUGGUAGAUUUGAACACAAUAAAUCCUGACAGAGAUGAUGACAUAAGGUUGGAGAACGGGGAAGGAUGGCAACCCAGUAAAACUGAUCAACUGAAGUUGCAAAAUGGUGAAGUGGGGGUUCCAUCAAAGGAUAAGUCUCCUGAAUCCUUGGAUAGUUUUGGUAAAAAGAGGGGUAGAAUUAAGCAGAAAAAAUUGCCCUUGAGCAUUUGUAGUUUCAGAAAUCAAACCAUCCCCAAGGAGGAGCUGAAAUCUCAAGGCAUGCCACAGUCUAAAGACAAUGGCAGCAAAACUGCAGCGAGCAAUCAGCCAGUGUUUCCCGUGGCGACGUCUGGAAAUAGUUUAAUGCCUAUUGAGAGGACACCAAUGUGGAAGUGCCAAGCAUUCAAAGCACCUGCUUGUUUUACGCAAAAUAAAGUCAUGCAGUCAUGAUUUUCAUAGUUUUGCCUAAAUAACUGGAGCCUAUCAUGAUAAGAGCCAUGGCCAAUUAGUUCAGUUGUGGUUUUUUUGGUAUUAGAUAAGGCCUUUUUUUGGUACUCUUUUCUGCAUGUGAGUUCACUCUUAUGAACAUUAAUGUAUAUCACUGACUGAUUGCUUUGAUAUGUCUGUUGCAAGUCAAGGGUAUUGCUGCCAUUCAGGAACCUAAGGUAGAACAAGAAACAGGGUCAGUCACUAUGUGCAUUAUGCCCCCAAAUAAUUGAUGCCAAAUCUUGGAAUCCCCAAUGCGUCAGGAAGGAAGAAUGCUGAUUUUUUUUUUUGUUGGCAAUGCUCUUGCAGUUCUCAAGAAUCUUACAGGUCAUGUAUAAUCCAUAUUCUCUUGAUCAAAAUCAUACUGGCUUAUAGAUGCUACGUUAAGAAUAUCUGUGAUCAUUGUGUCUUUCUUCCUUUUGGUGCACAAUUCUUGUGCGUAUCAACAGUCUUUUUGAUGUGGACCAAAAAAGCUGGCUUGUACUUGCUAUAUUGCACCUUCAAGGAGUGUGAGUAAAGGUGGAUUUGUCCGAA